AUGUCUGGAUCAUUUUGGAGAUUUAAUAAUAAUUUUAAUGAAGUUUCUACAAUAAAUAAUUUAUUAGAUAAUGGAUUUAUUGAAAGAAUUCCAUCAGGAAAUUCAAAUCAGAGGAAAAAUUCAUUUAGUUCAGAUGAAUCAAGAGAUGAUUCUUUAAAUCAAAAUAAUUAUGAUGAUGAUGACGAUGAUGAUGAACAAAAUUUUGCUCCAAAUUUAGAAAUUUUAGAUGAAUUAUUAGAUGAACAAGAUAUUAUAGAAGAAUUAGCUCAAUCAAAUAUUAAAUUAAUUGAAUAUUUAAGACAAAGAGAAGUCAUUGAACAAUUGAUUCAAUAUAUAAUCACUGAAGAAGAUGAUUUAUUAGCAAAACAUCAACAAAAUAAUAACGAAGAUAAUGAUGAACAACAAGAACAAAAAGAAGAAAAAGAAGAACAAAAUAAUAACGAUAAUGAAGAACAAUAUAAAUCAAUAAAUUCAUCAAAUUCUGAUUCUGAUUCUGAUGAUUUACAAAAUUUUGAUCAACCUGAAACUAUUCAAGAAAUUCAUUCAAGAAGAACUCAAGUUGCUGCUGAAAUAUUAGGUGCAGAUGCUUGGUCAUUAACUGAUUCAAUAAUGGAUAAUCAUGAUUUAUUAUCAAAAUUAUGGAGUAUAUUAGAUAGAUCUUCUUCAUUAUCAAUGAAUUUAUCAACUUAUUUUAUGAAGAUUAAUGAAAGAUUAUUAGAUUUAAAAAUUGAUGAAAUGUUAAAUUUUUUAUUAAAUCAAGAAACUUUAGUUGAUAGAUUCUUAAGACAUAUUGAUAAUCCUCCAUUAAUGGAUUUUUUAUUAAAAGUUAUAAGUACUGAUAAACCUGAUUCUCCAACUGGUAUAAUUGAUUUAUUAAAAGAACAAAAUUUAAUUGAAAAAUUAAUUUCAUUUUUAAAACCAAAUGUUAAUCAAUCUGUUCAAUCUGCUGCAGGAGAUUUUAUAAAAGCUUUUGUUACAAUAAGUGCAAAUUCAAAUACUGAUAAUACAACAAUUGGACCAAAUGAAUUAACAAGAGAAUUAGUUUCUGAAAAAAUCAUGAGAAAAUUAUGUAAUUUAAUGCUUUUAGGUGGUACAAGUUUAGCAAAUGGUGUUGGUAUAAUAAUUGAAAUCAUUAGAAAAAACAAUUCAGAUUAUGAUUUUGUACCAAUAUUAUAUAUUACAAUUGAAUCACAUCCUCCAACUUCAAGAGAUUCAAUUUAUUUAGGUCAUUUAAUUAAAGUUUUCAGUGAAAAUAUUCCAAAAUUUGCUAAAAUUUUACAAAAAACUAAAUUAAAAGAAAUGGAAACUCCAUUUGGUUCAAUUGAACCUUUAGGUUUUGAAAGAUUUAAAGUUUGUGAAUUAAUUGCAGAAUUAUUACAUUGUUCAAAUAUGGGAUUAUUAAAUGAUGAAAAAGGUGAAGAUAUUGUUUUAGAACGUGAUUUAGAAAGAGAACGAAUCAUUACAUUGGAAAAAUUAGAAGAACAACAUGAACAAGAUGAAAAUUUCCCAAAUGAUGAAAAUUUAAAUGAAAAAGUUGAAGAUGAUGAAGAUGAUUCUGAUCAUGAAGCUUCAAAAGUCAUUGAUAAUUUAAAUAUAUCUGAUGAAACCAAAAAUGAUGAUGAUCAACAAAAAGAUGAAGAAGUUGAUGAUGAUGAAGAAAAAUCUGAUAAAAAGGAAGAUAUAAAAUCAAUUAAAUCUAUUGAAAGUAAUAAAUCUGAAAAAAAACCAAGUUUAGAAAUUCAAUCAGAACCAGAUUCAGAUGUUGAUACAACUUUAGAAAUUCAAUAUGAUGAAAAUGAAUUAAUAAUUCGUAAAGAUCCAGUUAUUGGUGAUCAAUUAAAAAUUGCAUUGGCUGAUAAUCAAGUUAUUUUAACAAUUUUACAAAUGUUUUUCAAAUUCCCUUGGAAUAAUUUUUUACAUAAUGUUGUUUUUGAUAUUGUUCAACAAAUUUUAAAUGGUUCAAUGGAUAUUGGUUAUAAUAAAUAUUUAUCAAUUGAUUUAUUUGGUCGUGGAGAAAUCACUAAAGCCAUAAUUGAUGGACAAUUAAAUUGUGAACAAUAUGAAAUUAAUAAUGGAUUAAGAUUAGGUUAUAUGGGUCAUUUAACUUUAAUUGCUGAAGAAGUUGUUAAAUUUACUGCAUUAUAUCCACCAAAUACAAUACAUCAAAUUAUUUAUGAUGCAGUUUCAACUCAAGAAUGGACUAUAUAUGUUACAGAAACUUUAGUUGAUACAAGAGAAAAAUAUAAUGCAUUAUUAGGUGGUAAUUUAGAACCAGAAGAUCCAAAUCAAACUGUUGAUGAUAAUGAACAAGAUCAAAAUGAACAAAAUCAACAAGGAGUUAUACCUGGAGAAGUUGAUGAUGAUUAUCAUAUUUCUGGAAGAGAUGAUAUUGAUGAUGAUGAAGAAGAUGAAGAAGGAAAUCAAAAUAAAAAUGAAGAUUCAGGUGAUCAAUUUUCAAGAUAUAUGUCACAACAAUUAACAAAUGAUUUACCAGAUAAAUUUGGAUCAUCAGAUGAAGAUGAAGAAGAUGAUGAUCUUGUUGGAUGGAAUAAUCAACAAGUUUAUAAUUCAAAUGCAAUGUCUAUGAAUGAUGAUGAUGAUUAUGAAGAUCCAAAUGAUGAUGGACAAUCUUAUAUUAAAAAAGAUCAUCCAUUAUAUUCAAAUAUGUUAACUUCAAGAGAUGAUGAUAGAGAACCUCCAAGAUUUGCAGAUGAUGAUGAAGAAGAUGAUGAUGAAAAUUUUGAAGAUGAUGAACGUAAUAAAUUAUUUAGAGAUAGUUAUAAAGAAGAUGAAGAUGAUCAAGAUGAUGAUGAUGAUGAAGAUGAAGAGCAAGAAAAAGAUGAUGGUGAAGUUGGUUAUGGAUUAACAAGAAGUAGAAGUAAAGGUGAAUUAAAUUGGGAUGAAGAUGAACAAGAUCGAUUAAUUAAUGUUGCAAGUUAUAUGAAGAAUAAUCAAUAA